AUGGACCGAAAUCCACCACCGCAGUGCUUAACAGGAGCGGACAAUGAUCAGAAAAUUCCCGUGCUCAAACUUCCGGCUUCUACUUGCUCAACUCCUCAAUUGCAGAUCCAAAACACGGGAAGGAGGACAUUUCGGCCAUACUGCUGCAGAAUUUGUACACCAGAAAGAGGAGAGAUUAGAAGCCACUUCAAUGAUAUUUUCCUUAUCUCUCUCUUUCUCAGGUUUCUAAUAAUAAUAGUCGAUGAACUUCUGGUCUUCAGCCUAAAUAGAAAGUUGUCUUCUGCUGCCAGCUGCUAG